AUGACAAGUAAUACUAAUAGUAAAACUGUUCCAAGUGAAACACUUGCUCAAAUAUAUGAAUUGUUUUUAUAUAAGAAGAAGGAUAUAAUAGCAAUUCAGGAAAAAUUAGGUAUUAAUGGCGAUACAAAUCGCAAGAUAGAAAAAACACUUGCCGAUUCAUAUAAGUUAUUUCUACAUUUAGUGGAAGAAAUGGUUCCAAUACAGGAAAUGCUCGGCAUUGUUGGAAAUCCUAUUCUAGCAGUGGUACUUCGAAGCGAUAAAGCCUGCGAAGCUUCUGCAAAAAUAUCAUUUUCAGAAUUAUAUAACUGGUUUUUAUAUUUGAAAGAGGAUGUAAUGGCAAUUCAAGAAAAACUUGGUAUUAUCGGCUAUACUAAUCAAGCAAUAACAGAAGAAGCUGAUAAAAAUGCAAGAAUAAUUCUCCGAAAGUUUGAGGAAUUCCACGGUCCCUUAGAAGAUGAUCUAGGUGUGAUAUUACCGAAAUAUGGUGAAAUGGGUGUAAAGAGAAUUAUGUUUACUGGAGAGGGGCUUCCAUUAUUUCCGAGGGUCUCUCCUCAACAAUUGCACGAAAUAUUUGUCAAAAAUCCAGCUAAUACCAGUCGUCUAGAACAGGUUAUUUAAUCUAUAUUUUUUUGGCUCAGAAAAAAAUCUUCCAAGCCUGGUCCUAAAGGGACCGCUGAUGAUCACAGCUCCGGAUUAGUUAGAUCAGUAGAGUACCAGCAUUCUGCUUGAUCGGCUAGUAUUCUAUCAACAGCUCUCGAUAUUAAGGUGGAUUGAGUCAGAAAUUGACUAUUUAUAGC